AUGUCUGCAGCAACCACGACCGACGCAGCGUCCCUGCCCCGUAGUCACCAUGAUGGUCAAUCAGAGCUGCCCAACAAGGCCCAGCCUUCUGGAAACUACAAAGGCUUUGUCGCUGGCGUCUUCAGCGGCAUUGCCAAAUUGACGGUUGGACACCCUUUCGACACGAUAAAAGUCAGGUUACAAACGUCAGAAAUGUCGCAAUUCAACGGACCACUGGACUGCUUGAUGCAGACACUGAAANAAGAAGGGCCGCAAGGAUUAUACAAGGGCGCGACUCCUCCGCUGGUUGGAUGGAUGUUCAUGGACAGCUUGAUGCUGGGCAGCUUGACCUUCUACCGGAAAUUGCUGAACGACCGCGUCUUUCAGCCUAUGCACGAGACUAGAGCUGCAGCUGGCGUGUACGCUAUCCCGUCGGACAAGACGCUACCGACGAUAGGACAUGCGAUUGCAGGAGUAAUGGCCGGAAGCACGGUAUCGUUCAUCGCUGCACCUGUCGAACACGUCAAAGCGCGUCUGCAAGUGCAGUAUUCAGCCGACAAGUCGAAACGUCUCUACUCUGGACCCAUCGACUGUUCACGUCAGAUCUUCCGCCAACAUGGAUUGCGAGGGUUGUAUCAUGGACUUGGAGCGACACUGAUAUUCCGUACCUUCUUUUUCUUCUGGUGGGGUUCAUACGACUUGUUUACGAGAUGGUUCAAGAAGAAUACUGCAAUGUCGACCCCAGCCAUUAACUUCUGGGCAGGAGGACUUUCGGCGCAGGUGUUCUGGUUGACAAGUUACCCUUCGGAUGUCAUCAAGCAGCGCAUCAUGACGGAUGAUUUGGCGAAAAGAAAGUUCCCUCGCUGGCGAGAUGCUGCGAGAGCUGUGGGCAGAGAGAAUGGAUGGCGGGGCUACUGGAGGGGCUUUGUCCCGUGCUUCUUGAGAGCAUUCCCUGCGAAUGCAAUGGCGCUGGUGGCAUUUGAAGGUGUCAUGAGGAUGCUCUGA